UUACAACUGGGAUUACACCGAUGUGAGAUUCUCUUGAACAAAAAUGGUCUUUUGGAGUAAGACAAUCGAUGGUUCGAUCGAAUCGCCGUCGCAGACCGGCAACCUCAACUAUUGGGAACAACCGUUCUCGCAGCCCUACUUCGACAACGCCACUAGACGCGAUGUGACUGCGACCGUGGGUCAGAUGACGUACUUACACUGCAGGGUCCGAAAUCUCGGAGACCGAUCGGUGUCGUGGAUCAGGAAACGUGACCUACACAUAUUGACCGUGGGCAUACUAACGUACACGAACGACCAGCGUUUUCAAUCGCUACAUUCAGACGGGUCGGACGAAUGGACGCUCAGGAUCACGUCUCCGCAGAUCAAAGACUCUGGGACGUACGAGUGUCAAGUGAGCACCGAACCAAAAAUCAGCCAAGGAUUCCAGUUGAACGUAGUCAUAUCGAAAGCAAAGAUCAUCGGAAACACGGAAAUGUACAUCCGGAGUGGGAGUGACAUAAAUUUGACGUGCGUUGUUCUUGAAACACCAGACCCACCCAGCUUCAUCUAUUGGUACCGAGACAGGGACGUCAUUAACUAUUCAGGACGCGGUGGCAUCAGUGUGGUGACCGAGAAACAGACACGGACCAGCAGGCUACUGAUAUCCAAGGCACAGCCACCCGACACUGGAAAUUACACGUGCGCCCCGUCUGCCUCAGAUUCGGCAAGCGUUACAGUUCACGUUCUAAACGGUGAACACCCGGCGGCCAUGCAACACGGCAACAGCAGCAACAGCGCCGUGACCAGGCUGCUGCCAAUUUUCCUAUUGUUCGUGUGCCAUUCCAUUCAGGUGCUGUUGGUCACCGACGUGUACGUGCCGUCUCGCGUCGUCAAACUGGCCAGAUGAACGGCUACGCGCACACACGACCGAAAUCAUUAUUAAUAAUAUUAUACAACUACACUUUACGCGCAUGUUUACGCGACAAUAUUAUUUAAAAUGUAUAAAUGUAUGAAUUAUAUGAUAAUAAUAUUACGAUGAUCGUUGUAAAAAGAAAAAAAACGCAUGUCACCGUUGCCGCCACCACCGUAAGACGUAUUAUGUAAUAUUGUACGUAGGUAGAUACCUUUAAUGUUAUUAAUAAUAUGUAUUAUUAUAUUAUAUUAUACUGUGCGCGUCAAGUGAAUUUCUUGGUUUUCGUUUUUGUUUCUACACAAUAAUAUUACUAUUACUGUUAUUAUUAUUAUUAUUAAUAUUAUUGCGUAGGUUUACCGAAAAUAUAUCAUCGCGGUCUGCCACGCGGUAUUCGACUGUUUAACGUUGGCGUGUCGACAGUUUAAAUGAUGCGUUAAACGAGAGACAGAGAGAGAGACAGAAAGAGAGAGAUAUAUAAUGAUAAAAUAUAUAUUACACACGUAUUAUUAUUAUUAUUAUUACUAUCGUUACCGUUAUAGACAUAAGACGCGAUUCGGGCGGGUGGUCGCGUUUUUCACGGCAGUGGUUUUUGCCAUGUCAAAAAUACUUUUAUUUUUUUUUUUUUUUAUAAAACACACAUUAUAAAUUAUUAUCAUCAUAAUAUAUUAUUACUAAUACAACUAUUAUAACAUAAGAUAACGGAAAAAAAAUACGUGCUUGUAAAUAUUUAUACCUAUCGAUGUUUGUUUUCCGUAUCGUUCCUUGCCGCUUGAAUUUCUCACUCGUACAAAAAUAAUGUAUAUUAUUAUGAUUUAUGAUCUAUACGUGUUUCUGUCGUAUACAAUAUUAUUAUUGUAAGCUGUAAUAUCAAAAUUAUUAUUAUUAUUAUUACCAAUCCAUUGAUGUUGUAUAGUUUUGUUUUGCGUCUGUGACCUGUGUAUAAAUGUUUCCUAUAUUAUAGCUGUUCGUUUUCUCAUUAUUGUGUACAGUGCCGGAUACUAUAUUAUUAUAUUUACGAUAUUAUAUACUUGUGUAUUAUUAUCGAUUUCGUUAUGUUUUUUUUAAAAACUUUAUGUGGUGUCGGAAGUUUCAUUUAGAUCAUUAAAAUUUGAAUAAUUAUUAAUAUAAUGUUAGUGUUAAAUAUAUUUAUCGUUUCUGUUGUGUCGACCACUUCCGACCAAUAUAUAGUGUCGUUAUAAUGUGUAUAUAUUAUAUUAUAAUAAAAUAAUAAUAAAUA